CCUGAAUCAGUCUCGUUUUCAUGGAAUUAACUGUCAGUCAGUGGAAUAUCAUCUAGCUACAAAUCCAACACUUGCUAAACGGUGAGUGGCUAGUCCACCACGCCCAGCCUUUAUUGCCAUGGACGCCUGUGCCCGUAUCCGAGGAGUUCCUCUCAGGACCAGAGCCUCCAUCAGGAAAGAGACGGUGCGUGACAGCGGGCCUCAGUGUGUGAAGAGCCUUCUGAGGAACAGGAAGGAGCUGUGCAGCAUGGGACUAGAGCUACAGACCAGAGACACACCACGCCUGACUGAGAUCCAUUUUGUGUGUUUGCCUGGCCACUCUGAAGGGGAGGAUCUAACUCUACAGGCCCUGUCGUCUCUCCCAGGGGACCUGGCGGAACUACUGAGGUCUCCCCACGUUACCAGCCUGAGGAACGAAGAGGUGCUGCUACUGAAGGACAGCAGGAGACCAGCCGACAGUAGGGACUCUACUACACAGCAGUGCUCGCUAAAAACAGUGUGUGUUCUAAGACACAGCUCCAACCCCAGCCAGGCCAUUGUUGGUGUGUUGGUGGGCCUGCUGGGGCGUUAUGCUGCGGGGGUCCGCUAUGCCCUGGAUCUCCAGGCCCUCCACAAGGGCACGGCUGAACCCUGCCAGCCGGAGGACGAUGACACCAACCAGUCUGUGUCUUCCAUUGAAGACGACUUCGUCACCGCUCUGGAACACCUAGAGGAGGAGGACACUGGAGAGAAUAACAACUCCGAUGGCGCUUAUCUCCAUGGUAACCAGCGUGAUGUGGCCUCCCAGACAGUCCCUGCCCACAAGAGAGACAAGGACCUAUCAGGCUCCAGGAUCAUAAUCAGCUCUGCCCACAGGAAGUCCUCAACCAAUCGCAGGUCUCCCCCAGAGGUGUCCGUUACCGUACAGUGCUCCAGAGGGGCUGACUCCCAGUGGACCCUCUGCAGCCCUAGAGCCCGGCUCCCCUCCCCCACACGCCCUGUCAGCGAAUCAGAGGAGUCGGACGGCUCCAGCCCUAGUCCAAUCAUCUUCCUAGAUGAGGUUGGCUACCAGAAAAGUCUCAAAGCGACACUGGACAUCCCUCAGAUCCCCGGGGGGCCGACGGACAGAGUGGAGGACUCUGACUCUGAGGUCAGCGAGUUCUUCGACAGCUUUGACCAGUUUGACGACCUAGACGAGCUGAGCUCAGAGAGCUGUACACUCACCCUGCCUUUAGACCCGACUUCCUCUGUUACCAUUACCGGCCCAGACCAGAAGAAGAAGUACUCUGGUACUGGCAAGUCAGGGUCCAAGAAAGUGUCCCGAAGCUGUUCCACCAUGAACCCCCACCGGUUCGACCAUCGCAGCCUCCCUGCGAAUGUGAAGAAACCCACCCCGCUCAGAAGCCCCCUCCCCCCCGGCUCUCCAUAUGGAUCCCCUGACUCCCCCCGGCCGGCCCGGACCUCCUGUGAGGAGAGUGGAGGUCCUCUGUUCAGCCCCGUCAGCUCCUCAGCCUUCAGCCCUCUGGGAGAUGGAGCUCUGGAUUACUUCUGGAAGACCGAGGGAGAUGGAGGAGACGAGUCAGAGCUAAAGAAACCCCAGGACCUGUGUUCCCUCUACAAGACUUACUCAGACUUUGCCAGCAGUCUGUCCAAGGAGAUCCUGGGCUCCGUGUGUGGCUACCAGUCUCCUGUGGACAUCAACGACAACAAGAACCUGAGCUGUGUCUGUCACAAGGAGUUCCAGAACCAGUCUGGACACAUCAUGAAGCUGUCUGAGAUCCAGGAGACGGUGACUGUCUCCAAGCUGCAGCAGCAGCCCCAGUCUCUGAAGGACGGCAUCCAGAGGUUUGCCACAGACUUGGUAGAGAUGAGUCUGGGCAGCGCUCUGAGAGACCUGCAGAAGGGAGUGUCCUCUUGCACCACCACCCUCUGCCACCUGGCCGCCAAACUCACCACUUCCGUCUUUCAGAUGGCCUUCCAGGAGAUCGGAAUGCGCCGCGCCUACGUCCUGAAGGAACGGGCCAUCAACGGGCUGGCUGGGUUCCUGGUGGGAGAAGCAGUGUCGGGCGCUCUGAAGGACUUCCUCACGGUGAAGAAGCAGAUGUUCAACAGCACCGUGACUGAGUUCGCCGCUGACCUGGCGGAGGAGCUGGUGUAUGAGGGGAUGAUGGAAGUGUGUCAGUUCUCUCACCCCUCCACCCCCCUCACCCCCAGUGACCGGUCCUUCGGCGUGGGGGAGGAGGACGAUGAGGAGGUGGUGUCCUCCUAUGCCUCAGACCUCUCUGAGUCUGUCCUCCAGGAGGCCUUCAUCGAACUGUCCCAGGCUGACGUGGCCUUCACCACCCAGGCAGCCAUCAGUGUCUCUCUGGACAACAUAUUCUACGUCAGCGCUGACGACACACACACUACCUGCAGUACUGCUGCCGACCACCAGGCUAACCCUGCCGAGGAAGGCCCAGGUCCGUCAGGGGACAAUGGCUGUACUGUGAAGAAGGCUCUGUUCUGUGUGUCUGGGAUGGCCAGCUGUGUACCUGUCCCCCAGGCAGGCCAGGCCAUCUCCCUCUUCCACGACUCAGAGGAGAUCUGUCAGUGUAAGACCAGCCUGGCCCAUACCUCCCAGACCAGCCCCAAGAGGAGCUGCAGCUCAGAGAGCAGAAUGGUGACCACAGCCUCCUCUGAUGCUACUGCUGCCACACAGACUGACCUGCUGCCAAAGACCCCCUUUCACAACUUCUCUGGCAACAUGGUGGAUAUGAUAGUGAGUGAAGCGUGUGAGCUGAUGACUGCCACAAAGAUGAAGAAGAAGGUGGAGGACUGUGCUGACUUCCUUUCUAAAGCCAUUGUUGGUCGGGGACCUCCAUCCGGACAGGAGGGUAGUGUCACUGACCAGACCUCCCUCUCCUCUCUCCACCCUCCUUCUCAGAACCCAGUGAGAGUGACCUGUGAGUCAGGCUCCAGGACCAGCAGAGCAGUCUCAGAGACCCGGCCUGUGAUGAUGAAGGACACUCUAGAGGUGCCAUGGUUGGAGAUGGACGGCCGGGAAGGCAGGAAGAUGGCCCCUGGCGAGGAGAUGGUUCCCAGCCCUGGUCGCAAGUCCAAUGGGACCCCUGGUACGCCCCCCUCCACCCCCCAGCAGCCCAGCGAGGUGUCCCAGGAGAAGCAGAUCAAGCAGUUCUCCAAGAAGCUGAAAGGCAAACUGGCCAAGGAGUUCUCUCCCGCCACCCCUCCUCCCACCCCCCACUACCAGCCAGGGCCUGAGCCCAAAGAGUCUCCCUCUGAGAUGGACAAGGCUGACUUCAUGCUCAAACUGAUGAGGUCUCUGUCUGAGGAGGCAGACGGGAACGAGGAAGAGGAGGAAGAGGGUGGAGUAGAAGGGCUUAACUCUGGAACCGAGACAGGAAACCGUCCGCAGCCAGAACUCAACCUCUUGUUUGGAGGACACAAGAUGGCCGACAAGGGAGCCCUCCAUUACGCAGAGCGCCUGGCGUGCCACAUCGUCUCCAUGGCGACAGAGAUGGACACCCUGGGAGGAGUGGAGGAUGGAGGUAGGAGGACGGUGGAGGAGAGGAGAGACAGCGUGGCCCAGUUCUCGGAGCAGACCCUGAACACGCUGUGGAUCUACGCUGGUGAGGUAGCGGGAGAGGUGAUCAGCGACGUGAAGAGGUUGAUGGGGUCAGGAAAGUGUCGUCACAGAGCAGUCAAACGAGCCAGCCAGGACUGGUCAGGGGAAUGCCCUCACCACCACAACCAACCCCAGCCCAGUGAACACAGCAGGGGCUGCAGGGUGGGUCGUCUGGCUGAACAGUGGUCUGGUGACCUCCUCUCCUCUGUCCUCCACCCAUCAACUUCCACCUCUACCCCCAGCUCUGGCCUGUCCUCUGACUACCCCAGCUGUGAAAGUGUGACAGAUGAGUACGCUGGCUACCUCAUCAGGGUGUUGAAGAAAGAGGGAGGCAGCAGAGAGCUGGUCCUGGAUCAGUAUGCCAGCCGUCUGGCCUACCGCUCCAUCAAACUGGGCCUGGCCCAUGCUGCCCGCAACAUGAAGAAGAGACCCUCCUCCUCCUCUAGGCACCACUCCUCCAGGAGGCUCCACCAGGAUGGCUGCAGGGGGCCCAACGCUGAGCCGUCUGUACCCAGGGACGAAGCAGGGAGAGUGGGAUCUCCUUCCAGCGACUCUGAUGAUGGGAGCCAGAGGGAGUACAUGGAGCUGGUGAACUUCGCAGAGUCGUUGGCGUACAACAUCACCUGUGACGUCACACGCAAACUCUGUGUGUCGUCGGUCAGACUACCCAAGUCCCUGACUGACUCGUGUCUGUAUAAGAAAUUCAAGCUGGAGGAAAUGGCAGGGAACCUGAUCAGGAACUCCUUUUCAUGCCCCCUGCUGGCGAAGGAGGGAAAGAGCAGGCAGUACCACAGCACAGGCAGCCUGUACGACGGAGGCUACAGCAGUGGAGUCAUGCAGGUCAUGGAGCACUAUGCCAGGAAGAUAGUGGACGACACGCUGGAGAUGGGCCUGGCCUCGGCCGGACACCCAGCCCAGCAGGGUCCAGACAGACACUCCCUCUCUGAGAGGCCGUCUGAGGGGGGAGCAGUGGGCUCUGCACUGGGGGAGACAACCUGCCGAUACUGCCAGGUUAGUGAGUGUCCGUUCUGCUCGCGGCCUAGCAGGCAGCACCACCUUGGGGCAGGAGCAGGCCAGAGGAGGAGGCCGGACGGGGAGGUGGGGGUGUGUGGCCUGGAGAUCCCUGAGAUCCACAUCGAUCUGGACCGCAGGGCAGUGUUCGCAGAGGAGAUCGUCACUACGGCAAUGGAGGGGGCGAAACGAGAGCUGAGCAACACCAGCCUGAACGCAGACAGCGGGAUCGGACACGACGGGCCCAGCUUUGCCGAGAGUCUGACCGCAGAGAUCAUGACGUCCGUGCUGUCCAACGCAUGCCAGACCGCCAACCUCAGCUCUCCGGGCAGGGAGGCCACAGAGUCCACGGUGUCCCAGCAGCUCAGUCUGAGCGUGGGAGACGACAGUCUGGGCAGCUGGUCCAACCUCAGCUUUGAGGAUGAACACCCUGACGAGACCAGUAGCUUCCUGCACCUCAGCGACAGCAAUGGGAACAGCAGUAGUUGGAGCAGCCUGGGGUUAGAGGGAGAGAUGUGUGAGGAGCACCUGUCCUUCUCUCCUUCCGACAGCGACUGCACUGAGGACAAGGAGCUCGAGACCAAGGAUGAAUCCUGCGGUUCCGUGCGUGUGGACCGGGGCCAGGCUCAGGCUCAUAGGCUCCUCCUGGUGGUCAACUCAGAGCUCAGGGAGAUGACCCCUGACCCACAGCACAUGACCUUUGACCCCCAGCUCAGGAGCAUGCUGCAGUGGGCGGCGGCCUCCAUGGCUGACAUGCCCAUGGUUCAGCUGGGUCAUAGUGGCAGCAGGGAGCUGCAGCAGUUGCCUGCGGUGGUCCAGAGGCUGAAGGAGAGGGAGUGGAGGGUAGGAGAGCUGCUCCAAGCCCUGCUGCGCUACUGUGAGGAAACCCACACCCCACCCCAGUCUGAACCCAGAGAGGAGACACCCCAGGCGAGGAGAGCACCCCACCACACUCCCCUCUUCCAGUGGCUCCUGGAGCACGCCUAGGUUGACUGCACUUACCCUCACCUCUCCCUCCUCUCACCUUCCUCCUCACCUCACCUCUCUCUCCUCUCCUCACGCGACUUACUGUACAGUGUCUGUGAAGCCUGCCACAUAGUGAGCACUACCUGCCCAUGUUAUACUAUACCCUAUGAAGAUUCCCAUCACUCUUCAGUGAUGUGUAGCGUACCUGCCAUACCCCAAAUCUAGCCUCCUCGUACUGUGGAUCCUGUCUCUUAUAGGGCUGUACCCCCAUUCACUACCCAGAGGGCGCUAUAAAAACAGCUUUUCUUAAUAUUAUCUAUUGUGUGUGGGUGUGCGUGCGUGCCUGGGCAUAUUGCUUGCCGUGACUGAAAGUAAUUGUGUAUUUUCUUCUCUCUUCUCUGGUUUUAUUGUGGUUAAUAUUAGGCUGCAUAUCACGUGUUGAUUAGUGUGCUGUCGUUGACCACUGCCUUUGUGCUAAAGCCCUCACACCCUCUUACAGACAGAGAUAAUCCUUAACCUCUGUUACAGACAGAGAUAAUCCUUAACCUCUGUUACAGACAGAGAUAAUCCUUAACCUCUGUUACAGACAGAGAUAAUCCUUAACCUCUGUUACAGACAGAGAUAAUCCUUAGCCUCUGUUACAGAAAGAGUGAGUAACCUUAACCUCUGUUACAGAGAGUGAGUAACCUUAACCUCUGUUACAGAAAGAGUGAGUAACCUUAACCUCAUUAACAUACAGAGAGAGUAACCUUAACCUCUGUUACAGAUAGUCAUCUUUACCUCUGUUACAGACAGAGAGAGUAACCUUAACCUCUGUUACAGACAGAGUAACCUUAACCCUUGUUACAGACAGCGAGAGUAACCUUAACCUCUGUUACAGACAGAGAGAGUAACCUUAACCUCUGUUACAGACAGAGAGAGUAACCUUAACCUCUGUUACAGACAGGGAGAGAGUAACCUUAACCUCUGUUACAGACAGAGUAACCUUAACAUCUGUUACAGAGAGAGUAACCUUAACCACUGUUACAGACAGAGUAACUUUAACCUCUGUUACAGAUAGAGUAACCUUAACCUCUGUUACAGAGUCAUCUUUACCUCUGUUACAGACAGAGAGAGUAACCUUUACCUCUGUUACAGAGAGAGAGAGAGUAACCUUAACCUCUGUUACAGAGAGAGAGAGUAACCUUAACCUCUGUUACAGAGAGAGUAAUCUUUACCUCUGUUACAGACAGAGUAACCUUAAUCUCUGUUACAGACAGAGAGUCAUCUUUACCUCUGUUACAGACGGAGAGAGUAAUCUUAACCUCUGUUACAGACAGAGAGAGUAACCUUUACCUCUGUUACAGAGAGAGAGAGUAACCUUAACCUCUGUUACAGAGAGAGA